AUGAAUAGUGGCGGACCUGUGCAGGCGCAAGGAGGUGCACCUGCACCUCCGGUCGCCGGAAAGUCCAUUAGAGCAGCUAGAGUUGCACCUCUGCUUCAGACCAGAGACGCACACAAUGUGUUCGACGAAAUGCCCAAACCACCUGGGCACUGCGCUGCAGUUGUUGCGCACAAAAAACUGCAAGACCUCCUCUUCUUUUCCUUCAGCUUUCGUUAA